AUUUUGUGGUCGUGCUAGUCCGUGCGUGUCAUUUCAAGCUCUGUGUGCACCGCACCGCACCAGUCAGUCAGUCUGCUGUCUAUCGUCCACAUCCACAUGAUUGAAUGUAAACACCAUCUAAUGUCAUGAAUGGUGUCUCUGUGUCCGUCCAUCCAUCCAUCCAUCCAUCUGUCGGUCUGUUUUCCAACGCUCUCUGCGUAGCUAUGGUAUCUACACACAUCACAUACAGCAAUCACAAACAGCAACCAGCAAUCGUCCAGUCACCCCGCCCAAUCCACCAAUUCACCAAAACCUCCAGCCCCCUUCCCUUCUCAGGCGUCAUCGAAGUGCAGCGGUAUCGGUUUGGUCCUGUCGAGGGGCACGUCGAUGACGAACGGGGGCCAGAUCGGCCUGUACAUGAGAUCAACAGAGGCCGCGUUGACAUACACCUACCCACGGGCACACCAGACAGACAGACGACAGACAGGCAGGCAGGCAGGCAGGCAGGCAAGACAGGUGCGUUCGUGGCGUGCAUCGGCCGGCGUGCGUGUGUGAAUGGGGCAGCUUGGCUUACGGUUGUGCCGUCGAAGGCGACUCCCCUGCCUUCGUGGAUAUGGCCGUAUAUGUUGAGCCUGUAGCCACAGAGAAAAGACAGCCGAAUGAGCGCGAUUGCCGUCUUCUUUUUCUUCUCUCUGUACAUGCUGUGCUUGCCUUGCCUUGGUUUGAUCCUCCCUUGGAUCUCCCGCUUGAGAUCUGCACAGCCGGCAUGGACACGCGACUUGGUGAAGUCAAGGAUUUGGUAUGAAGGGCCGUGUGUGAUCAACACGUCGACGUCAUCCGGAAUCUGCACCGCACCGCACCGCACCCGGCAAGCAGCCAACAAACCACACGCACGGACGACAACGGAUGACGAUAAAACACCACACCCCCUCCCUUCAUCACUUUACCACUCACCAGCUGCCACUUCUCAGAUAUCUCCUCCCCCCUGUCGAGGUUGAAGCCCCAGUCAAAGAAUGUCGGGGUCCAUGGGGAGCCCCAUAAAGUGAGGCCUUUGACCGUGGUGCCCGAGUCCUCCAGGUAGGUGCAGUGCUGCAGCGAUGCACGGACCGCCUCGCAGUCGUGUUGCACGUCGUGGAAACGACUGAUACACACGAGAGCGACACACAGGGAGUGGGAGGGAGGGAGGGAUCAUGUGUGUGUCUGUGGAACAAGGAUAGGUCGCUCACCGCCACAGACGGGGAUAGUAUUUGGUGUCGAAUGUGAGGUCGUGGUUGCCCGCUAUGACCACCUUAUGCUCGUAGGGCUGACCAGCCAGCCAGUUGCUCAGCUCCUUGAUGGCAUCGGGCUCACCAUCCAUCUGGACAGACAGACAGACAGACAGAGACCACAACAGAGCAAGUGAACCUGCACACAAUCGUUCCCAAGACGUUGAUUGAUUCGUGUCCCAAUUGUCGUGUCCCCCGUGCUGACCGUCCAAUCGCCGGCGUGAAUCAGCACAUCCCCCAAGGGGAGAGGUGUGGUGUCGUCGGCUCCCUCUGGCGAUUUGGUGGUGGUGAUGCUGCCAUGCUGGCUGUGUGUGUCCGAAAUGCACACCAGACGGACGUACCUAAGACCAGCAUACAAGAAACACACGGUGCACGUCGGUGGCGUGGAGUCGUCUGCACUGCGCUGCGCUGUGUGGUGUGUGCCCACCCCGGCAAGCUUCUGUUCCUCUCAACCCACUCUUUGUCGUUGUCGGGGUCAACAAAGCGGCAGCUGGCCGACGGGCAGACACGAACGGGCUGUCUGCUGCCCAUGGAUGGGCGACGAGGGAACGGAGAUCUGUGCAGGAACAAGGCUGCUGCUGUGAGAGGAACCAGCCUCAGCUGUCGCAUGCACCACGCGGAGGAAGUUUG